CUUUUUUGGUUUAAGUUUAAUUGUUUCAUUUUUUCUUUAUUUUUUUGCUAUUAACGCCCAAAGGCCAAAACAUUGUAUCAUAACAAUAGGUAGCGGAGUGACCAACUUUUCUUCCCAAUACACAACAAAACAAAAGCUUUUCUUUGUUAGCUCCAAUCUUUCACUGACUUAACAAAGUUGUCUUCCUUUCAUUAUAUAUAUACAUACAUAUAUAUAUGCACUAAAAAUUGAUACUGUUUUAGAGGGCUGAAAGAGAGAGGAUAAUAAGGCAGAGGAAUAGAGAGAGAGAGAGAGAGUUUGAUAUGGCAGCUGCGGCUGGUUCUUGUUGCUCUUCUGGUGUGCUUUUUAGAGCGAAAGAAGCUGGUGGGAAUGGAGCUUUUUGGGCUCAAUACAAUGGGCUUAGGCCUGGUGACAAUGCUCAUAUGUUUCAAGCUGGGACUAAGCCAAAUGGGCUUCUUUCUACUUCAGCCAAAAAAUGCAGUGCAAUCAAGGCCAUGGCAUCAGCUCCCAAAAGGGAAAAAGAUCCCAAAAAGAGAGUUGUCAUAACAGGAAUGGGGCUGGUUUCUGUUUUUGGCAGUGACAUUGAUACAUUCUACAACAAACUUCUCGAGGGAGAGAGUGGAAUAAGUAUCAUAGACAGAUUUGAUGCAUCAAACUUCUCUGUCCGUUUCGCGGGACAGAUUCGUGAUUUUUCAUCCAAAGGCUACAUUGAUGGGAAGAAUGAUAGGCGCCUUGACGAUUGUUGGAGAUACUGUUUGGUUGCUGGAAAGAGAGCACUUGAGAAUGCCAAUCUUGGACCUGAAAUACUUGAAAAUAUGGACAGAACAAGAAUAGGAGUGUUGGUUGGAACAGGUAUGGGAGGCUUAUCAGCAUUCACUACUGGUGUUGAUGCUCUUAUCCAAAAGGGAUACAAAAAGAUGUCUCCUUUUUUCAUUCCUUACUCCAUCACCAACAUGGGGUCAGCAUUGUUAGCUAUAGACACUGGCCUAAUGGGGCCAAAUUACUCCAUUUCCACUGCUUGUGCCACAGCCAACUACUGCUUCUAUGCUGCUGCAAACCAUAUCAGAAGAGGUGAAGCAGAUAUAAUGGUGGUUGGUGGGACUGAGGCUGCAGUGAUGCCUACUGGUGUUGGUGGUUUCAUAGCUUGUAGGGCAUUGUCUCAGAGAAAUGAAGCUCCCCAUAAAGCCUCGAGGCCUUGGGACAAAAAUCGCGACGGUUUUGUCAUGGGAGAAGGCUCUGGUGUUCUGGUAAUGGAGAGCCUGGAAAGUGCAAUGAAUAGAGGAGCAACCAUAAUUGCAGAGUACUUAGGUGGUGCCAUAACAUGUGAUGCUCAUCAUAUGACUGAUCCCAGGUCAGAUGGCCUUGGUGUCUCAUCUUGCAUAACCAAGAGUUUAGAAGAUGCUGGAGUUUCUCCUGAAGAGGUGAACUAUGUGAAUGCCCAUGCAACAUCAACACUAGCAGGAGAUUUGGCUGAAGUUAAUGCAAUCAAAAAGGUCUUUAAGGACACAUCUGAGAUGAAGAUGAAUGGAACCAAGUCAAUGAUUGGGCAUGGUCUUGGGGCUGCUGGUGGAUUGGAAGCAAUAGCAACCAUAAAAGCAAUCAACACAGGGUGGCUGCAUCCAACCAUUAACCAAGAUAAUUUGGAGCCUGAUGUUACAAUUGACACUGUUCCAAAUGUAAUGAAGAAACAUGAAGUCAAUGUUGCUAUCUCAAACUCAUUUGGCUUUGGUGGGCACAAUUCAGUGGUUGUUUUUGCACCCUUCAGACCUUAGAAAAAAAAAACACAUGAACUCAAACAAGUGGUUUUUUUAAUCCUCUUUACCUCUCUACUUUUAGAUUCUCAUUGAUUUCAGAAUUUUAAAACUAUCUGUAAUUUGAUAGAGGCUAUGAUGUGCUAAUAUAAGGAUUAGAUGAGAUUGAGCACAUUCUCUUGUUUACAUUUCCUUCUUUUCCCAGUGAAUAAAAACUAUGAUUCUUCUUUC